AUUUCUAUCUUUUUAUUAUAUAAGAACAUCAUUUUCCUUGCACAGAUUAUCUUGUUACUAAAAUGAGGUGCAAGUCAUCAGCUAACCAAAAUCUAAAGCACAAAAAGGGCUUAUGGUCACCCGAUGAAGAUCAAAAACUCAAAGACUACAUCAUCAACCAUGGUCUUGGCUGCUGGACUUCUGUCCCCAUUAAUGCAGGUUUACAAAGGAAUGGAAAAAGUUGUAGAUUAAGAUGGACUAAUUAUCUAAGGCCAGGAUUAAAGCGAGGGACAUUCACCACACAUGAGGAACAGAUCAUUUUAACUCUUCAUGGCAUGUUAGGCAAUAAGUGGUCACAAAUGUCACAGCACUUGCCAGGAAGGAGUGAUAAUGAGAUAAAAAAUCAUUGGCAUUCUUAUCUGAAGAAGAAAGUUGCCAAAUUACAAAGCAUAACGCCUUUAGACACAUUAAAUGAAGAAUCCUGUUCUUCUUCUACUUCUUUAAAGUCAACAAGAACAGGUUCAAGUAUCGAAUCAAAUGAUGUGGAGCCUUUAGAUUAUUCAAAAGUAACUGGUCUUAGAAUCCCACCAAAGAUUUUAUUUGCUGACUGGCUCUCACUAGAUCAGUUUCAGUUGUUUAAUAAUAACAAUUCAGAUGAAUUAUCAUAUUCAAUGGAUGCAUUUAAUCAUACUUGUAGCUCUCAAGAAACAGUUAUAAAUGGGGGAUCAUAUAGUAGUGGCAUUCAAGAAGGAUCAAGAGCUGAAUGUCAAAAUGUGGAACAUGACUUCUAUGAUUUGAUCUUUGAAGAAAUUAUAGGUCCAAACUUUAACAUUAAUGCAUUGUAGUCCAUGAAAGGACAUGAGCAAUCCAACUCAUGAUCUUUAUAACCUUGGAGGGAGCUAGACUUAAUUUUGUAAGAGCUUUUAAGUCCAUGAGUUGUCUUAUCUUUGAAGUCGGACCAAAAUAUUUGCAAAUGUAAUAAAAAUGUCAUGUCAUUUUAUUUACAUUGUGUUUUGUUAUUGAAAUUUCGAACAAUUGUGCUUGCUUUGUUGUUGCAAACAAACCAUCGUUAUUGGCUUCUUGCAAUAAUGCAAGGAAAAUAACCGCACCCAUUUUCUAUAAUGGGUGUAAGGGGAGGCUAGUGUUGGAAGAAAGAAGGACUUAAACAAGAAAUUCUAAUACAGAACAGGGAGAACAUGAAAAAACUAAUAAUACUUGUAGCUCUCAAGAAACAGUUAUAAAUGGGGGAUCAUAUAGUAGUGGCAUUCAAGAAGGAUCAAGAGUGAGUAAGAGUGAUCUGCAACAAAAUUCUGAAUGUCAAAAUGUGGAACAUGACUUCUAUGAUUUGAUCUUUGAAGAAAUUAUAGGUCCAAACUUUAACAUUAAUGCAUUGUAGUCCAUGAAAGGACAUGAGCAAUCCAACUCAUGAUUUUUAUAACC